AUGACGACCAGACCUGGAUCCCCAGCCCCACCUCCUCUUACGGGAGAAGAAUACGAAGCUCUUGACGCUUACCGCUUUGCUAUGCUUACACAUGAACACGCAGGCUCCUACUUCCCAAGUACUUCCGAACUACAGAAGGACAUGGAGCCGAAGUCCUUGAUCGACGCCAGGAACUAUGUGACUCGCUUGAGGGAGCGCUACACCCAUGAACUCGACGGGAUCAUAGACGAUCAGGUAGAACGGUACUACGAGGACGCAUUGGAUCGCUACCAUGCUUUCGACCCAACAAUAGCCCCACCAAUUGACAAUCCAGAGGAUUGGCCGCGUGAUUACACAGAUAAUAAAUUUAAGACCAUCUACCACGACUCGAAAUUCCACAACCCUACGCUCCUCCUCUCCCAAUUCAACACCGAACUCACCACAACCUUCAUGGCUCACACAGAGCAGGAACGCCCGUACCUUGAACGUCUGAAGAUAUUCCAAGAGCGGGAGUCGGCUCGAUUGAAGAGGGAGAAGGAGCAAGCGGAUCAAGCUCGCAUAGAAGCGGAGAAGAAGUUCCCGCGUACGGUCCCAGACUGGGAGAACAUCUCUAACGCGACGAGGAAGCUAUUCCUCGCUCGAUUCUUCACGUUCACUCUUGCCGAGAAGGAGGAAAAUAUGAAGAAGCAGACCCCGCCGUGGACUUGGGAUGAUGUCGAUCCUCUAUGCAAUACGUAUAAGGCGGAUGUCAACUUCAGAGAGCGGAUUGACAAGUUCAUCCAGUCGCACAUGAGCACGGAUCCUCGCAGGAAACCUACUGGGGCGUGA